UAUUCGAUUAUUGUAUAAAUAGUUUCUUUAAUGAGUCCUGAUGAUUAGCUCAAUUAACUGUUUCCCACUCUCGUUAAUUAGCAAAAUCUUCAACUCCCAUUUUUAAGCAACUUAAAUUAUUCUCAACUCUCUCAUAAAUCAUCAUUCAUCGGAAGAUUCACUUCAGACACAGAAGAACUUAGACUAAUUUAAAUGUUAAUUCGCGUAAUAACAAGCCAAGUGUUAACCAGUCGAUAUUGACGUGAUUAAAAUUGUCAAUUUUAAUUUGAUUAAUCAGUUAAUCAACUUGAGAGAACAAAAAUUUUUUUCCCUCUCGCUGCUUCCAUCUAGCGGAUUCUUUUUUCCCUCAAACUGUUGACUUGUUUUUCUAUUGAGAAACAAAUUUUGAAUUCUAGUUAAUCGUAGAGUCGCUAGAUGAUUCGUAUGAUUCCAGUUACUUUUAUUAUCACCGGUUGAUUGUUAACAUAAUUUAUAUAAUAAAAAAGAGAAAAUAACAGUUAACCAGGAAUCUAUUCGAUUCUAUUGCGCAAUUGUGAGUCAUAUGCGUGGAAGAGAUGAAAUCGAACCAAGAAAAAAAAAGAGUUGGAAUUAUUUUCUUUCUGCCAACAAAAUGCAUUCGAAUUGUAAUAAAAAUCUGGAAGAAUAAUUCGUCGAUCGUAUUUAUUGUGUACCAUUGGUCUUUAAUCUAAAUUAGUUCAGUGAACAUCAGUUAACAUCUAAUUGUGAAUCAAUAUUUUCUCAUCUUUUCCAUGAUAAAUGAUUGCGAAAAUGUUAUAAAUCCGAAUUGAGAAAAAUAAAUGAAAAUCUAAAAUUUAAUCAACUCUCACCAUCCUUCAUAAUACUAAUCAUCAUAUUCACCAUUCCCACAACCAAGUUUACCAAUAAUCUUAAUCAACUCCAUAAAAGCGCAUCAGAAUUUUAAUCAACUCCAAAUUGUGUGUGUGUUAACUAAUCAUCUUAUCCCUUAGUGACUUCAACAAUUAAGUUUCUCAAUUGCAAGUAAUCAAGAAACGGAAAUUGAUUCAAAAAUCAAAUUUACUUUCUAACAUCAAGGGAAGCAAAAAAAAGUUAAUGGACUUUAAUUUGCUCUGCUUUGGAUACAAUUAACUGUGGCCAACAAUUAAUCAUGAGACGCUGUUAAUCAAGAGGAAAAAAAUGACAAUCUAAUCCUGAUUACGAUAAACAAUCAGUUAAUCAAUCAAAUUACGGGUUAAUAACAACCAGCAACAAUUAACAGAGGAAAAGAUCCAAUUGAUUGAUCACAAUGAAGUUGAUUCGUUCUGAUGUGAUCUAACUUUCGAUCUGGGCUGAGCAUUACAAUGUCCAUGGAAUCAUGAUAAAACCUAUCAACUGAAAUUGUCAGAGUUUUGAAAAUAUUUGAUUCCAUUUCAUGGAAGAUUCAACUAUAAACUCAAAUUCUCACCAACUGGAUGAUGAACCAGAUGAGAAUGUCUAUCUGUCCAAGUGUAAAAAACUCAGCACUGGGAUUGAAUUGUGUUCAAUUAGUAAACAUCAUCACCACGACCAUCCAAUUAAUCGUGUCUCCGAUAAUUUCAUGAUGAAAUCAUCUGGAUUAAUCAAUUUAACUCAACAUGUAAUUAAAACGUUAAAACCAUUUGGAAGCCUUUUGUUAUCAUCUUCAUUAUCAUUAUUACUGUUAAUUACUCUAAUUUGUUUACCUGUAUCAAUUGAGGGUCAAUCAGCUGAUGGACAACAACAAGUAGCCAUUGGAAUCAAUAUUGACCCUAAUAGUUUAAGCGACAUCUCUUCACGUGAACAAUUAGAUGAUAAAAUUUUAUCCUCAUCAACUUUAGAUCCCACAUCAUUUUCAUCAUUUUCACCUUCAUCUUCACCUUCACCUUUAUCAUCCUCUUCUCAACCACCAUCACAAUCAUCUUCAACAUCAUCAUCCCAACAACAAGUAUCAUCUUCAUCUUUAUCUCUAUUAUCUUCUGUAUUAUCAUCAUUUGAAUCAACAUCAGAUAUUCAAUCAUCAUUUUCAUCCCUAUUAAUUGCACCUUCAUCGAUUAACUCACUCACUUCAGAUCUAUCGUUAUCUUCAUCAUCAAAUGUUUACUCUAAUCGAACCUCAUCUGUCCAUCGAUUAAGCUGUAAAGAUGGCCUAGUUUUACCCGUUUGGCGGCCAUUGGAAAACCUUUCCAGCGGCGAUGUGAUCGUCCGAGGAUUACUCUAUUUUUUUAGCCUUGUCUACCUUUUUGUUGGUGUUUCCAUUAUAGCGGAUAAAUUUAUGGCCGCUAUUGAGGUGAUCACUUCCCAGGAACGAGAUGUUAAAAUAAAAAAGGCCAACGGAGAGUAUCAAGUCAUCUCAGUUCGUAUAUGGAAUGAAACAGUUUCCAAUUUAACCCUUAUGGCUCUUGGCUCAUCGGCACCCGAAAUAUUAUUAUCAAUUAUUGAAGUUUAUGCACAAAACUAUGAGGCCGGUGAACUUGGACCUGGAACAAUUGUCGGCUCAGCGGCUUUUAAUAUGUUUGUCAUUAUCGCUGUUUGUGUUUGGGUUGUCCCCUCAACUGAAGUGAAAAAAAUUAAACACCUAAGGGUAUUUUUUGUUACCAUGGUUUGGUCAGUUUUCGCCUACAUUUGGCUUUUUAUAAUUCUAUCCGUUAUCUCACCUGGAAUUGUUGACCUGUGGGAAGCCUUUCUUACUUUUGCCUUCUUCCCGGCCACCGUGUUAACCGCUUGGAUUGCCGAUCGUCGUCUUCUAAUCUACAAAUACCUGUCCAAAAACUACCGUAUGAAUAGACGAGGUGUAAUUGUACAGGGUGAAGGUGGUGAUGGGGAAGAUGUUGAAAUGGGAGAUAAAAUGAUUUCAAAUCAUAUUGAUGAUCAAAGUGGAUUAACUGUAAACACCUCAUCGAAUCAUCAUCAUCAUCAUCAUGGUGGAAUGUUCAAAGUGACCGAUGAAGAUAUUGAGGUUAAUGAAGAUGCCAAAGAAUUUGAAGAGCAUCGCCGAGAAUUUAUUGGAAUACUUCGUGAGCUUCGAAAACACCCUGAAGCACCAAUGGAAGAUAUUGAGUACAUGGCAAGAGAAGAGAUAAUAAAUCGUGGACCUAAAAGUCGAGCCUUUUAUCGUCUUCAGGCUACCAAAAAGUUGACCGGUGGUUCGGCUAUGGUCAAGAGAAGAGUGGAAAAGGUGGAAGAUAAAAAAGAUGGACUUGGAAAGAAGGAUGAAAACUUGAUCAGAAUUUUUUUCGAUCCAGCUCAUUAUACGGUCAUGGAAAAUGUUGGUCACUUUUACGUUACCGUUAAUCGAGAAGGUGAUACCGCUCGGUCAAUCGCCAUCGAUUUUACCACCGAGGAUGGAACAGCAAAUGCCGGUUCUGAUUAUAUUGGUGUUUCGGAGACGAUUGUUUUUUUUCCUGGAGAAAUCCAGAAACAGGUAACGAUUCAUGUUAUCGACGAUGAUGUUUUCGAGGAAGAUGAACAUUUUUACUGUCGAUUGUCAAAUCCUCGAUAUGUUAAUAAUGAUGGACGAGAAUUGGGAAAGGGAGACAAGGAUUGGCCUAGGCUACAUUUGGAUACACCGCCGAUUGCAACGGUAAUGAUUCUGGAUGAUGAUCAUUCUGGUGUAUUUGGAUUCAAAGAGUCUUUGGUUGAAAUCUCAGAAUCAGUUGGACCUUGUCCCAUUCAAGUAAACCGAGUGUCCGGUGCUAGAGGGCAAGUUAUACUUCCCUUUAAAACAAUUGAAGGAACAGCUCGUCAUGAUCGUGAUUUCGUCCUACAUGAUGGAGAACUAAUUUUCGAAAACAAUGAGACAAGUAAAUUUAUUGACAUUCAAAUAAUAGACAAUGAAAGUUACGAAAAAAAUCAAGUUUUUUACAUUGAAUUGGGUGAACCAAUUUUGGAAUCUGAUGAACCUGAAUCUCCAAAGUCAACAUUAUCACGCCAAGAGAAAGAGAUCGCUCUGCAAGGUCGCCCAAAGUUAGGAGAAAUAUCGAAAAUCGAAAUUCGAGUUAGAGAAAGUAAAGAAUUUAAGAAUACUGUUGAUAAAUUAUUCCAAAAAAAUAGUACCUCAAUAAUGGGAGCCUCAUCUUGGUGGGAUCAGUUUGUCGAAGCGAUAACCGUGAGUCCAGGUGACGAUGAUGGUGAAGAUGAUGGUGAACAAAAAAUGCCCUCUUGCUCAGAUUAUGUUAUGCACUUUAUAACUUUAUUUUGGAAAGUAUUAUUUGCUUUUGUACCACCCACAGAUAUUUGGGGUGGUUGGGCCUGUUUCGUAACAAGCAUUAUUGUGAUUGGUGCCUUGACCGCAAUUAUUGGUGAUUGUGCUUCCCAUUUUGGUUGCUCCGUUGGUUUAAAGGACAGUCUAACGGCCAUUUCAUUUGUCGCUCUUGGUACUAGUGUACCAGAUACUUUUGCCAGUAAAGUCGCCGCGAUAAAUGAUAAAUAUGCCGAUUCGUCGAUUGGUAAUGUAACGGGUUCUAAUGCAGUUAACGUUUUCCUUGGAAUUGGUAUCGCUUGGUUCAUCGCCGCUGCCCAUCACACUUGGCACGGUGAAGUGUUCCGAGUUGACCCUGGUGAUCUUGCCUAUUCGGUGACACUUUUCUGUAUCUGUGCCGGAUUUUGUUGCGCUAUCCUACUACUCCGACGUUGGGUAAUCAUCGGCGGUGAGCUUGGCGGCCCUAUGGCCUGGAAAGCGGCUACGACCAUCCUAUUUGUUUGCCUGUGGCUUUUUUACUUACUAAUGGCAAGCCUUCAAGCCUAUGGAGUGAAAACUUUUUAGUAAUUAAAUGUUUUUUUCAUUUGGGAAACGAAAACAUUAAUCCUCUGCCAGUAAUUGUAAUUGAUUCUAAAUUGUUAACAAUGCCAACCAAUUAAUCAUCAAAUCUUGCGGUAAAAUUGCCAAACAAUUAAGCCAAUACUGUUUAUUAUCAAUUCAAUUACAUUACAAAAACAAAACAAAAAAAACUCAAUCAAAUUGACAACUAACGACAACGACAAAGAUGAUCAGCUAAUUGUUAACCAUUUAAUUGAUUAUCUCCAUCAUCAUCAUCCUCAUCUUCAUCUACUUAAUCAUCUUCAUCUUUAACUUUAAUUCAAAUUGAAUUGAAAGUUUGGUUUAAAAGAAUCGAAUCAAAUUUAAUUUAAUUUCUCUCUUUCUUUAAUUGUAAUUGCUGAUGUUUGUGCAACAUUUUCAAACUGAUUGCUGAUUGUUAAUUUAAUUGUUUGGCUUUGAGAAAAUCUUUUUUUAAAUUGCAAUUGUCUGGAAAUCUAUUACAAUGGCCAAUUUUCAUCUUUAAUCAUCUUCAUUAACAACAAUUAAAUUGUUAUAAUUAAGUCAUUACUUUACUCUCGUUAGUUUGGACAUUUUUUAAUUCAAAAAGUGGACAUUGGUCAAGCAAAAGUCCUGGAAAACUUUAUAAAUCAACUCGCUCAUAAUUAUCAUGAAACCAGAUUAAAGGAAAUCAACUGAUUGAUUAACUAAAUUACUGAAUUAAAAGAGAGAGAGAGAGAGAGAGAUUAACAAUUAACCUCAAAACAAUUUGAUCAAUUGCAAUGCAAUUAACUGCUCACUGCCUGAUAUACAAUAUAAUUAAUAAAUUUUCAUUAAUCAGCUGUAAUUGGUUUUUAAUCAUCAUCUUCAUCAUCAUAAAUUGUUAUUAAUUACCAGAAAUCAUCUUAAUUGUUAUCAAUCUGUUUUAAAAUCAACUUUUGGAUUAAAAUAAUUAACUCUUCCUAUGGUUUCAUAA